UGGGACCCGGCGGGGAUGGAGCGCUAUGGCACUGAUCUGCCCGGGGGACUGGGCACCGGCUGGGCAGAGGAGCCCGGGCAGCCCCCCGGCCGGGCGCCUGGCACCAUCGAGCGCAUGGUGCCGUGCUCAGACCUGGAGGACGGCCCUGACGGGCUGGCACCGACCCCACUGACGGACAACGGGGCGGGCGCCCGGGUGCCCUUCCACUGCUCCGAGUGCGACAAGAGCUUCCGGUACCGCUCAGACCUGCGGCGCCACUUCGCCCGGCACACGGAACUCAAACCCUUCCAGUGCCCACACUGCAGCAAGAGCUUCAAGCACUCCUUCAACCUGGUCAACCACAUCCGCAGCCACACCGGCGAACGCCCCUACCGCUGCACCGUCUGCCCCAAGGGCUUCCGCGACUCCACCGGCCUGCUCCACCACCAGGUGGUGCACACGGGCGAGAAACCCUACUGCUGCCACGUCUGCGAGCUCCGCUUCUCCUCCCGCAGCAGCCUGGGCCGGCACCUCAAGCGCCAGCACCGACCGCCCCCCGGAGGGGGUGCCCCCGAGCCGCCCAGCGCCACCCGCUGCCUGGAGCGGUUGUGCGGCCAGGGGCGGGCGGCCCCCUAUGGCUGCGGGGCCUGCGGGCGCCACUUCCGGCUGGCGCCCGAGCUGGGGAAGCACUGGCUGGCUCACACCGACAUCAAGCCCUUCAAGUGCCCCGACUGCGAGCGCGACUUUAACGCCCCCUCCCUGCUGGAGCGCCACAAACUCACCCACGCCAAAGACCGGCCGCUGCUCCUGCCCUGCCAAGGCUGCGCGGGCAAUGGGGCCCCGGGGCAGCAGGAGCCGCAGGGGCCGGGCUGCCCGGCCUGCAAGCCCCAGGACACCCGCCCCCUGGACAGCCUGUACCAGUGCGAGUGUGGCACCUUCUUUGCCAACGCCGGCGCCCUGGCCGCUCACCUGGCGGCGCACACAGGCGAGGCCUCCUUCGCCUGCGGCAUCUGUGGCAUGAGCUUCGGGGCUCUGCCGCCCCUGGAGGCCCACCAGCUGAGCCACGCCAUGCUGCUGCCCCCGGAGGGCGCCCCCCAGCCGGUGGCGACGGGGCCUGUGCCGCCGGCCGGCGGGGAGCUGGAGCGCCACCUACUGCCGCGGCUGGAGCUGCGGGCUUUCCCCGCCCGGCCCGGCAAGAAACUCUACAAGUGCACGGAGUGCGAGAAGUUCUUCCGCAGCCCGCGGGACCUGGACCGGCACGUGCUGGUGCACACGGGCGAGAAACCCUACCAGUGCACCGAGUGCGGCAAGUUCUUCCGGCACGAGUGCUACCUGAAACGGCACCGGCUGCUCCACAGCGGGGAGCGCCCCUUCCAGUGCAGCGUCUGCCACAAGGGUUUCAUCACCUUCAGCAACCUCUCCCGCCACCUCAAACUGCACCGUGGCAUCGACUAGCCGGG